AUGGCUCGUUAUGCAUGGUACACAAGAGUUACUGAUGCUUUACAUCGUUUAACUAUCCUAACAUUAUUAGGUGGUGGUUUAUAUCUAGGUAGUGGUGUAGUAUACACUAUUUAUAUGAAUACUAAAUCUUUAAAUGACAAACAAUCAAAGCUAAUAAGUAAUGCGCCUGGUGCUGGAGAUGAUCAAGAUAAAAAACAAGAACAAUAA